AUGGUACGCCAUUUCACAACUUACUAUCCUAUCCAUCUACAGAAACUGGUGAUAGAAAAACCCAUAUCUCAAUUUAAUCCAAUAGCUGAACCAAACGAUGCCUCAGCAGUAUAUACGAAUCUAGGAUGGUUUUAUAUCCCGUUAUGCUACAAUGAUACCUUGGAAACAGCAAAUAUGCUAAAUACCGAGUUUGAGAAACAAAACUUUACCCUUUCCACCAAUAGGGAAGUUAUUCAACAGUUUAUUUAUCAGUGGUGUGGUGAUAGUUAUAUAUCUUUAAAUCUAGGUCUGCUUAGAAGACAUGUAGGCAAAGUUGCAGAAGCAAAGGCUAAGCUUGAAAAAUCGAUUUACAAACAACAAACCGGCCUCCAUACAAGGGGGCCCAAUAAGGAUAAAAUGCAAAAGCCUCGAUGGUUAACCAAGUCAGACAAGGAAAUUCGAAAAGAAAAUGGGAAAUUAAGAUUUAAAAUUGAUGAAAAAACUGGCAAAAUUGAAAUGAAAGGUGAAAUAACUUUUGUAAUUGUUUAUAAUUAUUUCUUGCAAUUGAAAUUCCAUCAAGUCAAAGGAGAUCCGAAAUACAAGGGCAUGAAAAAAUCUGAGAUGAAGGAGAUUUUCAAUAAGGAAUGGCACAAGAUGGAUAUAGAUGGCAAGUGGCAGAAAAGACAAGAAUACAUUGAUUUGUUACUUUCGGGAAAGGAUAUAGUAAAAGGUGAGAUUGUGGAUUUAGAAACAACCUUGCUUGAAGAACCAUUAGAAGAUGGCUAUAGACUAAUGUUCAAAAGGUUUAGAAAAAAAAAGGGGUUGGAUUUACUGGGAAAUCUUGAGGUGGAGAGGGAAAAUGAUAAUGAUUCUGGAUUAAGAAUUAAAAUUAUAGACGGGGGAGAUAGUGACGGUAAUGGCAAAGUUGUUGAAAUAAAGGGAUCAAUAGACUCCAAAUUAGUUUAUGAUUAUUAUUUCGAGAAAAGAGUUUGUCAACUUAAAGAGACACAAGAGUUUGAAAAACUAACAAAAACAAAAGUGGAAAACUUGGUUGAAAAAGAGUGGAAAAAAUUGGAUUUAGAGCAGCAAUGGGAAUUGAAGGAUGAAUACAUGAAAUUAUUAGCUUCUGGCAAGGAUCUAGUCAAUGGUGAAAUUGUGGAUCUAAAAUCUUUAUUAGAGGAUAAGGAAGACAAAGAUGGAUAUCGAUUAAAAAGGGCAAAUGCUAUGCAAUAA